CCCGACGUUCCCGUAUUGUUUGUAGCGAAGUACGGAACUAUUCAGACGGUGACGGUGAAUCCUUCUUUUGCUCCUCACAGACACCAAUGACCAACCCCACACCCACAGCACAAGGGAAAUCACUCGGGAUCUGCUGUUUCCACCUCUCUCGCGAAUGACAAGAGAAAUAUUCCCUGUCUCGUGAUAGAGGUGUGGGAAACAUCGUCCACGGUGUGGGAUGAGUUUGAGUGAUCCGAAUUCAAUCUGGCCCACACAAACUCUGAUGAGAUAUUAGAUGUGGAUAGAGUUUGUGUGAACAAGAGAUCCGGACUCAUCCGAAUUCCGUUGCUGAUUAGCAACUCCCGUAAACGGACAGUUACGCAAAUAAACGACAAGUCGCGCUUUUUGGCAUUGGCAGUUGAAUUUUGAAUUCAAGAGGUUAUGAUGCUCAUGCGGUUAUGCCAUGGGGAUGAUGGGACUGACUUGACUGAGAGAAGCGUCGCCUCCUUUUGCUUUUCACAUUUUGGGAUGCAAUCUAUAUAUAUUAUAUAUAUAAACCAUCCUCCUCUCCUCUUAUCUAUGAAUUAAAGCGGAGAACCAGCAACCUCUUGUCUUGUUUUCAUUUGCCAAUAAAACAGAAUAAUGGCUUUGACGAUGGUAGGAACCCGUCUUGAGCAGUCUGUAACUCCUACUGCCCUUCGAUCAUACCUCGCUGAGUUCAUAUCCACAUUCCUCUUCGUCUUUGCUUCUGUUGGAUCCACCAUCUCAUCCCGGAAGUUAAUGCCGAAUGCUGUGCCCGAUCCAUCUAGUCUAGUGGCCAUUGCCAUUGCUAAUGCAUUUGCAUUAUCAUCAACAGUUUACAUGGCCGCCAACAUCUCCGGCGGCCAUGUGAAUCCAGCGGUGACCUUUGGAAUGGCCAUUGGUGGUCAUAUCAGCGUCCCGACGGCCAUGAUCUACUGGGUUGCACAGUUGCUGGCCUCCACCGUGGCAUGCCUUCUCUUGAAUAUUGUGGCUACCAUUGUUGGACAAGUAAUUCCGACGCAUGCAAUAGCGGAGGAGAUGACAGGCUUCGGAGCAGCGGUGGUGGAGGGUGUAAUAACAUUUGCAUUGGUUUACGCGUUUUAUGCAGCCGGAGAUGCAAGAAGAGGUCAGGUUGGAGUGAUCGGGCCUUUAGUGAUUGGACUAAUAGUGGGAGCCAAUACUUUGGCAGCAGCUCCAUUUACAGGUGGUUCGAUGAACCCGGCGUGUUCAUUCGGGUUAGCUCUUGUAAGUGGGAAUUUUAAGAAUCAAGGGGUAUAUUGGGCCGGACCCUUGAUCGGUGCAGCAAUUGCUGGACUUGUUUACGACAAUGUGAUGUUUCCCUCUCAGUCCUCAGAUGCAUCCCGUUUUAUGGUCGACGGAGGAGUGGGCCAGUAACUUUUUAGGGUUUAUGUAAGAGAUGGU